CACUCUGUUUUAUCCAUCGCUCUGGUAACGAGGGCAUAUGCGGCUUCUGAAUACUCCUUGAUAGGAGAUAAAAUAUGAUGGACAAGAGAGCCUGAGCUGCAUUGAAACAUUUUUGGAUGGUCCAUGUGGAUCAAUGUUGGUCUUUUCAUUACCAACUCUGAGUAGAGCGGCGGUGCGUGUGAGGAGACUGGCAGCACAAUUUAGUAAAUCAACCAUGUCCACCAACAACCAAGUGUCCAGUUCAUCCUCUGCAGCCAGCAGACAGACUCCAACUGCAGCCAUUCUCAUUAUUGGAGAUGAGAUACUCAAGGGUUACACAGUGGACACCAACAGCACCUUUUUAACACGAGCGCUUCGGAGGCUUGGCGUGUCAGUGCAGCGCAUAACAGUCGUACCAGAUAUACAAGAUGUCAUAGCCAAAGAAGUGGUCCUCCUCUCCUCUCAGUACACUCACCUCUUCACGUCUGGGGGCAUAGGGCCCACCCACGAUGACGUCACCUUGGAGAGCAUUGGCAUGGCUUUCCAAGAGGAAUUGUAUCCCCAUCCUGAGCUCACCAAGCUGAUUGAAGAAUUUUUUGGGGUGACAGACAAAAACAGUCCGCCUAUGAAGAUGGCCAUGGUUCCUCGCUCAGCCAAACUCAACUAUGGAACUGACCCUCAGACUGGGCAGCCACAUCGCUACCCAGUGGUCAGUGUGCGUAACGUGUAUGUGUUUCCUGGGAUCCCUGCUUUGAUGGAGAGGUCCUUCACGGGGCUGGAAAACCUCUUUUCUGGUUCAGGAACCACUUUUCACUCUCGUGAGGUGUUCGUGGAUAGAGAUGAAACAGAGAUCGCGCCUGUUCUGACCAAACUGCAGGCCAGUUGGGGUAAGAGGGUGGCUCUGGGCUCCUACCCUGACUGGUUGAGCAACUACAGCAAAGUAAGGUUGGUCCUGGACUCCGACAGCCAGGAAGAGGUGGACAAAGCACGAGCCCAGAUGGUCGCUGAGCUGCCCGAGGGCAGCGUGGUGACCAUAGUCAGAGACUCGGUGUCCAUCGCCACUGCAGAGGUGUACAAACUGGCCAACAGCGGCACAGCAUUGGCCGAGAAAGUAAAGUGUGCUCUAGAUACAGUAGAGGCUGCGCUUGAUCAGUAUUCAACAGAGCACAUCUGCGUUGGGUUCAAUGGAGGCAAAGACUGCACGGCACUACUCCACCUCUACUACGCUGCACUGAAACGACGGUAUCCAGAUGGGAAAGACAAGGUCAAAGCUCUUUAUAUCCGGAUGGUUUCUCCAUUCCCAGAAAUGGAGAGAUUUCUACAAGACACAACAAAAAGAUAUAACUUAGAGCUGAUCUCUGCAGAAGGCAGUAUCAAGCAGGCGCUGAAUGAGGUGCAGGAAAGGAGGCCGGAGCUGAGAGCUGUGUUGAUGGGGACCAGGAGGACUGACCCCUACUCACACACACUUACGGCCAUGUGUAAGACGGAUCCCGACUGGCCAGAAUACAUGAGAGUCAACCCACUACUGGACUGGACUUACCACGACAUCUGGGGAUUCUUGAGGUCGUUGUAUGUGCCCUACUGUGUACUCUAUGAUAGAGGAUACACGUCACUGGGCAACAUGGACAACACCUACCGCAACGAGGCUCUCAAGUUGGUGGAUGAGAAGGGUGUGACGCGAUACAAGGCAGCCUACCUCCUGGAGAACGAAGACGCAGAGCGAAACUCACGAUCUUGAUGUCAACUUUCAUCUUAGCACAGCUGUUUUUCAUGGACCCCUUGCCUUUUUUCUUUUUUUUUAUUUUAAUUACAGUCCGCCUUUAACUCAUAGCAUGGGUCUAUUGAGCAUUUGCAGAACGGUCACCGCGUCAGACAGCAGAUGAGAUUGCGCAGAAAGUGUUUGUAUGUGUUAUUUGUAUAUUGGAUGUGCUGUUGAAUAAAACCCUCUCC